AUGACAGCAACAAGAAGCUCCAAGUGGACACUUCUCACAGUUGUGCUCAUUGGGAUAUUCGUAGUUCCAGCGACAGCUCUCGUAGCUCCAACUCCAGCAGAAGCUCCAGACGCUUCAAUUGCUCCAAAACGUAGUAGACCAGAGAAACACUCUGUCAAAUACAGUGGUGUAUGCAAAUCACCGGAAUGUAUGAAUUUGGCUCAUCAGUUGCAUGACUGGAGAAACAUAUCCGUGGAUCCAUGCGAGAACUUUUUUGAAGCUACGUGUGGGAAGCAUAGCGGUUUUUAUGAUAGCAGAGUAUCCAAGAAAACUAUAAAGGUUGCCCAAUUUCUUGAUGAUUUUCUGAAAACACCACAACCAUCACUUUCGCCCUCCAAAUCCGGAAAGGUUAUGAAACAGUUUUACGACUUGUGCGAAAAAUGGAAAGUUAUGAAUGAAACUGAACAGAGAGAAGAACAAUCGAAGGCCAUUAGUGACAUGAUCAAGAAAUGGGGUCCAAUUCCUAUGUUUGAUAAAAAUUGGAAGGAAUCUGACUUUGAUUUGAACGAACUGUUAAUGAGAAGUGCGUCAUUUGGAAUCUUGGACCUUGCUUUAUUUAUGGUGGACAUUGAAGAUGACAACCGAAUCCUUCUCAAUUACGAUUACGUGUUGAAAUCGAAUGAUUUCGAGAAUUACAGGACGGAAGCAUUGAGAAAAAAAAACCGUGUGGACCCAAAUGUGAUUCAAGAUGAUUAUAAUAAACUGGUGAAGUUGAGCAAAUACUUGUAUAUGAACAUCGAAUUCUAUUCGGACAGUGUAGGGGUCCCGCUUCCUCAACUCCAAGCUAAAGUACCCAGUUUGAAUUUUGAGAAAAUUUUGAAGCGUCUCUUCCAAGAAAAACGGCAAGAUGAAGUAUGGGAAAACAUCAAAGACAGAAUAACUGGAUCACAUAUUCCUUACUUCUUCCACAACUAUACCAGUCUCGAAGAAACUCUUCAACACACAUCAAAUCGUACUUUGGCGAAUUACAUUGGAAUUCACUUUAUGAAUUCGAUCAGAAGCACUGUUGGCCUUGAAUUUCGUUCAGACAGAUGUGCUGCGGAAGUUGCCGAGAAGCUUCCAUUAGCCUCCCAUAUAAAUUUCGCCCUCAAUCGUUUUGACAAAAAGAAUAUUCAAUUGGCUUCUGAAAUGGUGGAAGAUAUCCAAAAGAGUGUUGUAGAAACUAUUGAAAAGUCUACUUGGCUCAAUGAGUCCACUAAAACGAAAGCUAUUCGAAAAGUGAAGACAAUGAAGAAAGUGAUUGCAUAUCCGAAAGAAUUGGAAAAUCCAGCAGAGUUGGACGUCUUUUUUGAUUCGCUUGAUCUAUCCGAAACAAAUUCAUUUGUUGUUGCCAAAAGAGCAGUCGGAAGAUUUCAAAUCCAGCAAAAGAUGAAUUACAUUUCCAAGUUACUUCCGUAUUUUCCGAAACUUGAAUAUGCCAACGGUAAAGGAUACUACGAUCCUGUCUCGAAUCUCUUAACUGUAAGGGCUGAACUUUUGGAUGUCUCACUUUUCGAUUCAACGUUUCCAAAAUAUGCGAAAAUCGCUAGAAUCGGAGAGGAGAUCGGUCAUGAAAUUGGACGUGCUCUCGACCCAAUAAACAGAAAACUAGAUAGAAAUGGAGAAUGGUUCACACCGGAAGACGCAACAGAAUAUGAUAGAAGAGCUCAGUGUCUGAUUGAUCAGUACACCAAUUAUGAUGAUCCGUAUUUUGAAUAUCUGAAUGGAAAAUCAACAAUCCGUGAAUUGACUGCUGACCUGAUUGGUAUCAAUGCAUCGUGGAAAACUUAUGAGAAAGUGGAUUUUUCGAAAGAGCCCAGUGUUUUUGGAUUCGAAGACGCGAAGCCACGCAAAUUUUUCUUCCAAUUGACAGCUGUGAAUUUCUGUAAAGCAAAGGGGGAUUAUCUGUUUGAUGGCCACCCAAUACCUAGCUUCCGUGUGAAUGGAAUCUUCUCGAAUAUGAAAGAGUUUUCUGAAGCAUUCAAAUGUCCAGUUGGAUCACCAAUGAAUCCGGUCAAGAAAUGCGAACUCUUUUAG